CAUACAUGGCAUUGAUUUUUAUUGUUGUGUUGAAAUUACUUAAAAAUGAAAUAGAUUGUUCAUGAGCACGGGUGAUAUCUAUUAUAAUCAAUCAUCACAUUCAUCACUAAUAAUAUUUCCGAGAUUGAAGCGGUUGAUCAACGGUAUACACCAACAGUAAUUUGGGUCUGUCACAAUGGAAGAAGACGACAGCACUUGGUUGAUUGAACUAGAGUCGGCGCUUCUCGACGGAUGCUCUGCUCACGAAAUAAACAUGCUCACAAAAGGUAAAAAGAUUCCAGAAAGUCUGCGUCCCGACGUAUGGCUCCUCUGUCUCAACUGUCAAGAUGCUAGCAAUCAGCUAUUGCUCUUUGAUGAAAUCUUCGAUUUGACCAAUCAGAAUGAACUGAGAGAUGAUGUGAAGAAGUUCGUAAAAAGUCUGGGUAAUGAUGAUGAUGAUAAACUCUCAGUAAUUUCUGAUAUUGAAUCAAUUAUCACAUUUUACUGCAAGUCCAAAUCCAUUCAAUACAUCUCUAAUAAUGGUUGGAUCGAAAUUUUAUUGCCAUUGUUGAGCUUAAAAUUACCAAGGGCAGAUACAUACAAUUUGUUUGAAAAAGUGAUAAAUCUAUACAUUCCAAAAGGCUGUACCAAAAAUGGUGUACCUUUCCAUAUACUGCGAUUGGUUUUACAAUAUCAUGACCCAGAGCUGUGUUCAUUCUUGGAUACCAAGAGGAUAACUCCGGAGCAGUACUGCCUGCCGUGGCUCAGAUCCCUUUUUGCUGGAACGUGCAGUCUGGAUGUCGUUCUCUUCAUGUGGGACUUAUAUUUUCAGAGAUCUGAUCCUUUCUUUAUUUUCUUUCUCUGUCUAAUUAUGAUAAUAAACUCGAGAGAACAACUGCUCCAAAUGAAGAAUGAAGAGAAAUCUGAAAUCAUAGAAACUAUGAGCAGAAUGCCGGCAGAUUUGGAAGCACCAGAUGUUUCAGAUUUUUGCUCAUUAGCUCAUUAUUAUUCCUUAAAAACACCAGUUUCAUUCCGAGAUGAUGUCCUAGAUGUAUUGUUUUCAACAAAUGGUCUUGAGAUUAACUCUAAGCUUUAUUCCCAAGCCCUCUGUCUUCCCGUUGCCGUCCAUGAAUUGAUAGAAAGUGCCACAGUAGAUGUGUCAGACAUUGAUAGUGUUAAGUACUUCUUGGUUGAUUGCCGGCCAGCAGAGCAAUACAAUGCUGGGCACUUAUCUACUGCCUUCCAUUUGGACUGCAAUCUCAUGCUCCAAGAACCUAAUGCAUUCAAUACUGCAGUACAAGGUUUACUCAAUGCACAGACACAGGCAUUGGCCGCUGGAUCAUUGGCGGCUGGUGAACAUCUGUGUUUUGUUGGUUCUGGAAGGACAGAGGAGGACAGCUAUGCACACAUGGUGAUAGCGUCAUUCUUAAAAAGGAAUACCAAAUAUAUAUCAAUGCUGGACGGUGGAUUUGUAGCCAUACAUGACUACUUUGGUCCCCACAUGACAGAUUGUUUGGAAGAACACAAUCCGGCCUCAUGCCUAGUCUGUGCCCCGCAAAACAACAAUGAAGGAGUUGAAUCACACCAAAGUAAUGCAAGAGACAAUGCACCCGCCAUACAGUUGUUUAGUAAACUUUCAUCAGCAAUGAAGGCUAAAAGCCAAGAAGUAAAAGGCAAGUUGAUAGAAUACAUUGUGAAUCCAAAUGCUACUGGAGGUACAGGAGAAUGGCAUGUUUCUGCGAGCGACAGGAAAGAACAGAGAUACCGGAAUGUUCCUCCAGUGUUCAGUAUUAAUGACGAAGAUGAUGAUUCUCGUUUAGAUUCAAGAAAGGACUUGACAGACUCAGAUAUGCUGGAAGAAACCGUGGAUCUUAACACAUUCCUAAAAGAGCACAAUGUCAUCGAUAAUUUCUUGUGUCAAGAGGUGCUACUGAAUGGUUACAUGUAUGACUCAUGCUUAGUUGUUACCGAGACACAUUUAAUAGUUCUGCGAGACAUUCCAAACAAGCGGGGCAUGUACAAGGUGCUGUCUCGAAGGCCGCUGUCGACCAUUGUAAAGAUAACGGCGAAAAAGCGGCACCCAGAACUAAUUACAUUCAAGUACGGCGUGCCCGAUGGAGAUAACUUGCUAAUUAAGGAUAUGGAUCGCUUUUUGAUACCCAACGCUUCCCUGGCAACUAAAGUGGUCUCUAACCAGAUAGUCCAACAGUUGGACAAUAAAUAAGAAAUUUGGGUGUAGAAUGAUUCCUAAAGGUACUAUAAAUUCGCCUCAGCCUCAGUAUUCGAUUUUGAACCCAAUUAGUGUACUAUAAGCUUUAUUAUUAUAUUGUACUUGCUGAAGAAAAUCUAGAUUUGGAUCUUAAUUUUUACAAAUUAUUAAAGUAGGUAUUUCUACAUAUUUGGUAGUCUGCCUAACGAGAUUUAGAGCACUUACUUCUUUAUAAAAUGUUUUUGUGAUUACAUGGAAAACACUCACUUUGCUUUCAUUUGCACAUAUUUGAUGUUAAUUACUAUUUUGAAACAUAGCUAAGCUACGUAUUUAAUAUUAAAACUGGUAACUAGUUUUAGUGCAAGUAUUUGAGUUCCUAGUUCAGAACUAAACGUCAACCGUUUUGAAGGAUCGAAAAUGGUUACCUAUCGUUAAUUUCUUUUUUAUUAUUCUUAAAAUGUAGUUACCGAUAUACCAUAGGUAAAAAUAUAACAUAAGUAAGUAUAUGAAUAAUUAACUUGAAUAACCCCUAAGUACCUAUUAGGUAAUUCUAUCAUUUUAUAACGAGUCCUUGCAAGAUUAAAAAAUAGACCGUUAUGUGAAUGAGAAAUCAAUAAUUAUUAAAUUAUUCAAUCUAAUUAUGCAUUUAUUUCGAUAUGUAUAUGUUAUAAAAGAGUCUGAUAGUGAAUAUAUUUUAUACUAGUACUUAUUUUAGCUAGUUUCCUUAGCUUGGCUUUAGUUUUUUUUUAAAUAUGUAUAUAUAACUGUACACACUUGGUACACACCAAAAUUUUGCUUCUGCCAUUCCAAUAUUGCACAACUGUAUAACCUAUCUUCUAUGUUAGAAGUUGUAAUAAUUUUAGCACUUGUGUCUUGAAUUUACAUGCCCUGUUACCACGAAAAGCGAUAAUAAACGUUGAGCUAGCAGUGCUAGCACUUCUACAAUUAAGGCUAACUAAGGCCCUUUCAACGAGCAAGAUGAUUUGAAGGCUUCAUGAGGUAUACAUAUGUAUAUCAAGCAUAUAACAUUUAAAACUUUCGUGUUUUGGUUACAUAUUAAAUAAUAAUUGCUAAUUUGU